AUGUCUGUGGCCUUUGCAUCUGCCAGACCCAGAGGGAAAGGAGAAGUCACCCAGCAAACUAUACAGAAGAUGCUGGAUGAGAACCAUCAUCUGAUACAAUGUAUAAUGGAUUAUCAAAGCAAAGGGAAGACUGCCGAGUGCACACAAUAUCAGCAGAUCCUGCACAGAAAUCUGGUCUAUCUGGCCACUAUAGCAGACUCCAAUCAGAACAUGCAAUCUCUGCUUCCUGCGCCGCCAGCGCAGAACAUAAACCUGGGCCCUGGAGGGAUGAGCCAAACAGGCCCCAGUCAGACCCUCCACUCACAGGGCAACCUGAGUGACGCACUGGGUGCCAGCCUGCCGCCCUCCUCCCUUAUGCAGAACCAGAUCAGCAACGGACCAAAUCAUGUGUCUCUGCAGCAGUCUGGCCAAGCCACGAUGCCCACAACCAGCAUGAGUAUGGCAGUGAGUUCCCAUGGCACAGCUCCUGGGUAUAGCCAUGCUGUGCCCAGCUCUCAAAAUUUGCCAAUGCAAAGCCAGGGAACCAUAGGGAACUAUGUGUCAAGGGCUAAUAUGAAUUUGCCAUCCAACCCAGUGUCCAUGAUGCACCAACAAGCUGCCGGCUCGCAUUACACCACAGCGCAAGGUGGAGGUCAGCAUUACCAAGGGCAAUCUUCCAUCUCCAUAAUGAGCCAGAGUACCCAAGGAAGCAGCAUGAUGGGUCAGAGACCUUUGGGACCAUACAGACCAUCACAGCAAGGCUCCGCCCAGCAAUACAUUGGCCAGGAAGAGUAUUAUAGCGAGCAAUAUGGACACAGCCAAAGUUCCUCUGAAUCUAUGAGCCAGCAGUAUUAUACUGACGGUCACAGUGAGUACGCUUACCAACAAUCUUCCUAUGGGGAGCAGAGCUACGACAGGACGUUCGACGAUUCCUCGCAACAUUACUAUGAAGGAGGAAACACCCAGUACACCCAGCAGCAGAGUGGAUAUCAGCAGGGAGCGGGACAACAACAGGCGUACUCCCAGCAGCAGCAGUACUCCAAUCAGCAAAACUAUCCGGGGCAGCAGCAGCAGGGAUAUGGUGAGAAGAACACUAUUGUAUAG